AUGCCUUCGUUAGUGAACGUGGUCUCUGCACAACAGCAAGAGUCGUAUGAAUUAUAUCAAGCCGUAUCAAACACAAGUGACUCGGCAGAUAUCCUGCCAAUAAAGGAUCAUCGACGCAGAAGAUCCUCGAGUAUCAUAUCGCUGGUGGAACAAGAAUCGCUGGAAGAUGAUACAGACCAGCGAAUGCUGCCAAAUAUGAACGCAACCUGGGUGGAUCAACGAGGCGCAUGGGUGAUUCAUCUUGUAUUGAUCGCAAUGCUGAAACUAUUCUACAAUCUGAUGCCUAGGAUCACCAACGAUAUUGCGUGGACGAUGACGAAUGCGACUUAUGUCAUUGGCUCGUACGUGAUGUUUCAUAUGAUCAAAGGCACGCCCUUUGAGUUUAAUGGUGGUGCUUAUGAUAAUCUAACAAUGUGGGAACAAAUCGAUAACGAAACUUUAUACACGCCGGCGAGGAAGUUUUUGAUUUUGGUACCAAUUGGUUUAUUCCUGGUAGUGACACAAUUCUUGAAAAAUAAUUUGAAACUGUUUGCCAUUAAUUUAUUUAUAAGUUUUUUCUGUGGAAUACUACCUAAAUUACCAUUGUUACAUAGAAUUAGAAUUUAUGUCCCAUUUAUAACAAACCCACAUCAAAUUAGUUAA